AUGGUGGAAACAAAGUUCAGGCUCAAGCUUGGUAUACUCGUAUGGGUCCUAAUUAGAAAUGUCUUGGAUGCAGAGUUAGUGUAUGAUAUGGGACCAGGAUCGCUCCUAGUGGUACUCCUCUUCCUACUCGUAAGAGUCGUGAAUGGGAUCGUCUUCCAAGGCUCAUGCUCGGAUAACACGUUGCUUUGUGAGCAACUGUGCGUAACACUCUCGCCUGAGACGUAUGAGUGCGGCUGCUGGAACGAUCACGUGCUACUUUCGAACGGCAUCAGCUGUAAAGUGGUCGCCACUGAACAAGAUGUAACGGUCACGACCACGGAGCCGAAUGCGGUGACGACUCGUCUGAAACGUGACCGUACAAUUUGGCCAAAGGAAAAGGACACCGCACCUUUGUCCUUCACUGGGAAUAACUACGCGGAAUUUCCUGUGCCGGCAACAUCGUACCUGGAGACAAACAUCACGCUCGAAUUCAGAACCUCUGAGAAACGUGACGCGAUUCUCUUCUUUGCCGGUCAAUUCAACGCGGAUGACUACAUAUCCAUAGCGAUUAUUGGACCAAAUAUUAUUCUGAGGCACGACUGCGGUGAAGGAGCAAUUGAGGACAUGUAUCGCGGGCCGUUCGCCCUAAACGAAUGGCACUCGGUGACAGUUUGGCGGAAAUUUUGCGAUCGAACUGAAAUGAAAGUGGACACACGACCGCUGAUGGUGGAUUUAACGGAACAGUUUAGGUUCUACAAGGGAAUUUCUAUGGAUGAGGGUGUGUUCGUCGGUGGAGCCCCUCCACACAUCGAUGCAUUUGAAAGCAAAGUUGGAACUGCAAAUGGAUUCCAUGGUUGCAUUAGAAAGCUGAUCAUAAAUAACGACGUGCUUUUGGAUACUGAAAAUGAGGUGAACACAGCUGUGAACCUUCAGGAUCUAGAGUACUGCAAUCCGAUAACGCAAACUCAAUCGGCUCCGCUUCCGAAGAUCCGCGAAAUUGAUCUGUCCACAGGCAGGCUGUAUAAACACGCCGAGAUUAAUUCUGGAAAAGCGCAUGCGGAACCGGAAAUUACUACAACAACGAAACUCGCUACAACUACUACAUCAAGUGCUGCUGUCACAAAGUAUCAAGAGAACUCACUCAACGCAUCCAUUCCUGUCGAAGACCACCUCCAACUGCCAGCGCUGAAAGUUGUCGAAUUCCUUGGCUCAUCGUUCAUAACAAUUCCCGCUCCAGCCGAUAUCGUGGACUACCUGGAUUUGAGGAUCAACUUCAAGCCGAACACUCAUAGCGGUCUUCUCUUCUACUGGCAGGAUGCAGGCCGAUAUUUGGCUGUGUUCAUGGAACGCGGUUACGUUAAUGUGCAAGUCACGAUGGGUUCUGAUACUGCUAUUUUGAGAUCAGAAUCUCCAGUUACUUUGCACCAAUGGCACAAAGCAGAGGUAUGGCGAACCGGAAAAGGAAUUUUAAUGAAGAUUGACCGCCAGUCGUGGGUGGAAUCCCAGCUGCUGUCCGUCGGCAUACCGCUCACUCAGCCUGGUACGCUCUACAUUGGAGGAUAUGAAGGAGCGUUGCCACAUCAUCUCGAGGCGUUGUCUGGAUUCCACGGUUGCGUGAAAAAGAUUCGAUUGAAUGGAAAAUCAGUUCUGCUUCGAGCGGGAGCUGGACAACAUGUACGAGAAUGCGGAAUGGAUCCUUGCGCACUGGCGGCUUGCCCACGUGCCUGCACCUCCAACAACGAUGAUUUUGUUUGUCUGUGCGAAUGGCCAAAAUAUGGCAGGACAUGUGAACAAGAAGCGAAUCAAUUGUCCGCCAUGCACUUUUCGGGACAUUCAUACCUGGAAUUUAAAAAUGAGGAGCACAUGAAUCAAAUCACUGGAGAUUCCCUGAAUAUGGAGAUUAAUUUUAAGUUGAGCAAUAGCACUGGCGAUGAUGGUCUUCCAAAAACCCAGUUGCUCGCAUUCUCUGGUGAGAACGGAAUCAGUGGAGACUUUUUCCGACUCUUAAUAACUCAAGAUCGUGAAAUACAAGUGAUGAUGAAUCUUGGCUCAGGUUUGGUGUCCCUUACACAUCCGAGUAAGCUUAUUAUAAGUCGAUGGACCCGCGUUGAAAUAGUGAGGAAACGGCGUCAGGUGACGUUGUCAGUAAAUGAUGCGACUCCUAUCACCACAAUAGCACCGGGAGAUUCCGAGCAGCUAAACGUCUACAAAGGACUAUUUAUUGGGGGUAUGCCGCCGGACUCCCAACACCUCGAUGGAUUCCGAGGUUGUAUCGAGUCGAUUGCACUCGGCACUGUACUGCUUGAUCAUCCAAAGCAGGCCACAAACGCGAUCAACAUACAAGACUGUGACUUGUAG